UUGAGCAGUAAAUGCUUUUCUGCGGGGUCUUUUCUGCGCAGGCUCCGGAAGUAAUUGCAACGUGCGAAUGUUGUCAACAUGGAACUCGAAGUGGACGAAGCAUCAAAAUCACUUGUAGCGUCGUGGUUUUCUGAUGAAAGCUUCGAUACAGAGCCAGAAGACAACCCAUCUAAAAAGAAGAAGAACAAGAAAAAGGAAAAAGUUGAGAAAACAGAGCCGCCAAUUACAAAGCAGAAGUUAAGCAAUGGAAUAAAAAAAUCACCAUCAUCAAGCCAAUCAUCAAACAACAUCAGCAGCACGUCAUCAUUUGUGGAAGAAAAACUCAAGAAAAAACUGAAAAAGUCAAAACACAUGAAGGAUAAGGAGAAAAAAGAAACAGAGAAGAAGUUUACAGGGAUGAAGAAGUUGUCUACAGCUGACAGUAGUGAUGAUGAGGAAGAGAGUAAAACUUCACUGGUGGGCCAGAAAUCUCCCAACAAAAUUCUUGUACAAAGACACACAGUGGAAAGUCUACAACAAAAGCUUGAGGACAAUGCAUUGUCAAAAACUGCAAAGAAGAAACUCAAGAAAAAACUUAAUGCUCUCCUAAGCAAUCAAGAAGAGGAUAGCAAAGCUGUAAAGCAUAGUGAAAAUAUCAACAGUGAAACAAAAAAAGUUGAAAAGAAAAAGAAGGUAAAAGUAGAAGAAAGUAAAACAGAAUCCAAGAUUGCGAAUGGAGAUGACAUUGAAAGAAACAGUAUUAAAGGUGAAGAGGGCAAAGGAGACAAAGACAAGAAAAAAACAAAGAAAGAGAAAAAAUUGAUGAAAAAACAGAAGGCAGAGCUUAUAUCUGAUGAAGCACAGGACUCUGGAGAAAAUAAGAAAUUAAAGCCUAAAAAGAGACAGAAGGAAGCAAGUUCUUCAGAGGAAUCUGAUGAUGAUGGCCCAAUGGUACACAAGAAACCAAAGAUGAAGGUAUCAGAAAACUCUGGGACUCCAGACCGUUCUAAACACAGCAUAGUCACCUUACGGCAGAAACUUCAGAUCACUACCUCUCAGAGUACCCGUAAAAAUAUCAGGAAGAAGAUUGCCGAGUUAGAAGCAAAACAGCAAUCACAGUCUGCUGCCAAGACUAACAGCAAUGGUAUGUCAUCUGACUCGAGUGAAUCAGAACAUAGCAGUGAUGUGAUGGAGAAAACUAAUGUGGUCAAGUCACCUGUAAAAGAAUCUCUUAUUGAUAAGUUAAAGAAGAUGAAGAGUCCAUGUCUAGAAAAAUCAGUCAAAAGUUCACCGAUCACUCCAGCUAGCUCUAAGAAAAGAUCAGCCCAAGAGGCAAAGAUUGAAAAUGGCUCGCCACCUAAACUGAAGAAAAAGUCUAAAGUUCAGGCUGAAGUGGGUGAUACUACUUUGAACCCUGAGAAAAGUGUUGAAGAAAGACUCCACCACUAUAACCAAAGACUCCAAGAAGAGGGUCUUUCUGCGGCAUCAAGGAAGCGAAUUCGACGACAAAUUUCUAAACUGAAAGAAGGUUCGGGAAAAGAAGUCAAAACAACAACCAUGACAGCAAAGGCAGUAGAUUCAACAACCUCAAAAACAAAAAAGGAAGAUUCAACAAAAACAAAAAGUAAAAAGAAACAAAAAAAAUUAACAGAAACAUCACUAGAACCCAACUCAAAAAUUAGAGAUUCAACAAUAGAAGCAGCUGGAAUGAAAACAGAAGGUUCAACAAAGAAAAUGAAAGUUAAAAAGGCAGUGUCCCUGGAAAUGGGAGAGAAGAAACUGGCAAAGAAAAAAAGAAAAGACUCUGAUGAAGAUUUGUGGAAGGCAACUGAAGGAUGGGAGAGUGAUGAGAACUCGGCUGAUGAUAUAGUGUCAGAGGAAACACCCAAACAAAAAAAGAAAGCUGAAGAUGGACAUAUCAGAAAACGAUUAAAGAAAAGGAGUAAGCAAAAAAACAUUAAGAAAGAUAAUAGACCAGACCAUUUGAAACCACCUCAUUUAAGAUUGGCAAAGGAAGGACAAGAGGACUCUGCUUAGUCUAAAAGUGAAUUCCUGUGAAGUUUGGAUAUAGACAUUGAUUGUGAGAACAAUCGUGAGAAUACUUAUUUUCUCUGUGGAUUUUAGUUCGCGACUCUGACUUUGAGAACAAUCGUGAGAAUACUUAUUUUCUCUGUGGAUUCUAGUUCGGGACUCUGACUUUGAGAACAAUCGUGAGAAUACUUAUUUUCUCUGUGGAUUCUAGUUCGGGACUCUGACUUUGAGAACAAUCGUGAGAAUACUUAUUGUCUCUGUGGAUUCUAGUUCGGGACUCUGACUUUGAGAACAAUCAUGAGAAUACUUAUUGUCUCUGUGGAUUUUAGUUAGGGACUCUGACUUUGAGAACAAUCGUGAGAAUACUUAUUGUCUUUGUGGAGUCUGGAUCUGGACACUAGUGAUCGAUUACUUGCCAUGUGUUCAUUAUCUUUUUAAAAUUGUUUCAUCUGCAUUAAAAUGUAAGGAAUAAAUAGAUGUGCUUUUAUGAGAGCAUGACUUGUUGUCUAGUUUUGGAGAGAGUUACAUAUAGAAAAAUUUCAGAUAAAAGAUUUACUGUUUAAGUAGUCACAAAAUCACACUAUUUUUUCACUUGUGAAUUUUGAUGAUGAAUUCUACAAUAAGUGUCACUCAGUACACUUGGUUGAUAUUGUGUUACAUAAGCUUUGACAGGUUGUUGUUUUUGUUUCCACAGCUAUGUUCUCAUGUACAAUAUGUAUUUUACUGCUACCGUUGAAACAAUUGUCCUUGUUCUGAUUUGUUGACAAUCUCAUUUUAGUGUAAUGGUAUAUGAUUUUUGUUUAUGAUUUCAGCAAAACUUCCACCCUAUGCAUUCGCAUCUUAUGCAAAUAAGAAAGUAGGUCAUCCUUUUUCUGUGUUCUGGAAGAUAACAUUGUUCAUACUUUAUCCCAGUUUUUUAGCUCACCUGACCCAAAGGGUGUUAAAACCUUUAAAUAUUUUCUUCUACCUAACCAAAAGACACAGAAGCAUGGUAUAUGUCAGUGAAUAAUAAUUCUACUCUUACCCUAAAGGUCUAGAUCCCCACUUCUCUGCCUUUGAUAUGACAAGGAAAUCUCACCCAAGAGGAAUCCCCCUCCCCCAUCUCUACCUGGGGUAUGACAAGGAAAUCUUACCCCGGUAAAACACAGUAGCACUUUUGCAGAAGUAAAAGCUGUGUAUGAAUGACUUCUGUAUAACAGUAAACUGUUUUAAAGAUAA